AUGUUGUGGCCUCCUACGCCGGCGCAAUGUGCGCGAGGCUAUAUCAGAACGUCCCAGAAGUUCAGGUUACCCCCCCGGUUUGCUGCGAGAGCCACAGCGAUACUACGACGACAUUAUGCCUCCGAGACCGAUAACCCUAACACCGACCGGAAGUCACUGGCGCGGGUCGCCAGUGCUCGAUAUAAUGAGAUUGGUGUGCAACAACUGAGCGAUCACCUCCACCCGCAAGUAUUCCUAUCCAGGGCCACGCGACCACGCGCAGAUUUGGUGGAAUUGUCCAAAGAUCAUUUGCGCAGGCAUGGACUACUGGGCAAAAACCAGGAUCACAACGCCGCUGUCGGGCUUGACGCGCCUCCAAUCGUCGGAAGUAGUCUGGACGAGCACUUUACCAAGCUGGCCAUGGACGCUUCCGAGCCAUAUCUGUCCUACGCCAACGCCUUCGUCCGAGCGAACACUCCGCAAAGACCUCGGAAAUGGGUCAUCAGGAGCGGGUGGACAAAGUACCAUCCAGACAUGACUACGGAAGAGGUGGACGCGCCUGAGGAGACGAUGCUAUCAUUCGACGUCGAGACAAUGUGGCGAGAGUCACCAUUUGCCGUCAUGGCCACUGCCGCCAGUUCCACGGCUUGGUAUGCCUGGAUAUCUCCGUGGCUGCUCGGCGAGACGGAAAACCCACGACAGCUUAUACCAUUGGGCGACCCCACGAAACCGCGGAUAGUCGUGGGGCACAACGUCGGCUAUGAUCGCGCAAGAGUCAAAGAGGAAUACGAUUUGAAGCAGUCUCGGAACUUCUUCCUUGACACGAUGUCCCUGCAUGUCGCCGUCAACGGAAUGUGUUCGAGACAACGGCCGACUUGGAUGAAGCACAAGAAGAACCGAGAUUUGCGAGACAAAAUGUCGGGCGACCACAACUCGAUUGAGCUGCAGAGAAUGCUUGAAAGUAAGAUGCUAAGCGAGGAAGAGGAAGAAUUGUGGGUCGGAAGAAGUUCCAUCAACUCGUUACGAGACGUGGCCAAGUUCCACACGGGCAUCACUAUUGACAAAAGCCAGAGGGACUACUUUGGCGAACUGGACCGGGACGGCAUCAUGCAACGGAUUGAGGAACUGCUGGACUACUGUGCUGCGGACGUCGCCAUCACGCACAAGGUCUUCCAGAAAGUCUUUCCUAACUUUCUGGAGACCUGUCCCCACCCAGUCAAUUUUGGUGCGCUCCGACACAUAUCGUCCGUCAUUCUGCCUGUCGACAAGACCUGGGACGAGUACCUGGAAAGGGCUGAAGCCACGUACCAACAGAGAUUAAAAGACGUCCAAGACCGACUUUUACAGCUCUGUGAAGUGGCACUAAGCGCCAAAGACAAGCCAGACAUAUACCAUAGCGACCCUUGGCUGAGUCAACUGGACUGGUCAGGACAGGAGAUCAAGUACAAAAAGGCAAAGAAAAAGGGCGAUGAGCCCGUUCCGGUCGCUCGGCAGAAGAAACCUGGUGCGCCCAAUUGGUACCGGGACUUAUUUACCUCGAACUCAUCACCCAUCAGCCUGACUGUUCGAACGAGGAUCGCGCCGCUCUUAUUGAAGCUCUGCUGGGAUGGAUUCCCCUUAGUGUGGUCCGAUUUGCAUGGUUGGACUUUCCGGGUCCCAAGUGGCGAGGUGCACAAGUACGAGCACAGCAAUGCCGUCAGCUGCGAUAUGGCCAACGAGGAGAACAUCAAGCUGAAAUCCGACCAUACGCACACUUACUUCAAGCUUCCGCACAAAGACGGCCCAUCCGCACGGUGCACGUCGCCCCUAGCCAAGGGCUACUUGCAAUAUUUUGAAGCCGGCACGUUGUCAUCGCAGUAUCCCCUGGCGAAGGAAGCAUUGGAGAUGAAUGCGUCAUGCUCCUACUGGAUCUCGGCCCGUGACCGAAUCACGUCCCAGCUGGUCGUCAAGGAAGCCGACCGGGAUCCCUCGCUCGCUGGUAAAUCGGAUCAAGGUUUUAUCCUGCCUCAGAUCAUCCCGAUGGGCACCAUUACGCGGCGCGCCGUGGAGAACACCUGGCUGACUGCCUCGAAUGCCAAAGCCAACCGUGUGGGGUCCGAACUGAAGGCAAUGAUCAAGGCACCACCUGGCUACUGUUUUGUUGGGGCAGACGUCGAUAGCGAAGAGCUCUGGAUUGCGUCUCUCGUUGGAGAUGCCCAAUUCCGGCUCCACGGCGGCAACGCCAUCGGCUUCAUGACGCUGGAAGGCACAAAAGCUGCAGGCACAGAUCUCCAUUCCAAAACCGCCAAAAUCCUGGGCAUAUCCCGUAACGACGCCAAGGUUUUCAACUACGGCCGCAUCUAUGGCGCCGGCUUGAAAUUCGCCGCGACCCUACUCCGACAAUUUAAUCCGACCCUGUCUGAGCAACAGACGACCGAAAUCGCCUCGAAGCUGUACAAGGAAACGAAAGGCACCCGCACACGACGCAAGCUGCUCGGGAAUGGCUCCUUCUGGCGUGGCGGCACCGAAUCAUUCGUGUUCAACAAACUCGAAGAAUUUGCCGAGCAAGAACGUCCUCGCACGCCUGUUUUGGGAGCAGGGAUUACAGAAGCCCUGAUGCGGAGGUUCAUCAAUCAAGGCUCGUUCAUGACAUCUCGCAUCAAUUGGGCAAUCCAAUCUUCAGGUGUUGACUACCUGCACCUCCUGAUCAUUGCCAUGGACUACCUGAUCCGUCGCUUCAACCUCGAUGCUCGUCUUGCUAUCACAGUGCAUGACGAAAUCCGAUACCUUGUAGCGCACCAAGAUCGCUAUCGUGCGGCAAUGGCAUUACAAAUCAGUAAUCUCUGGACCAGGGCAAUGUUCAGCCAGCAAAUGGGUAUUGAAGAUCUGCCCCAGUCGGUCGCAUUUUUCUCUGCUGUCGAUAUUGACCACGUUCUGCGCAAGGAGGUAGAUAUGGACUGUGUGACGCCAAGUCAUCCCGAGAAGAUUCCUCAUGGCGAGAGCCUCGAUAUCAGCCAACUGCUUGAGGUGGGCGACAAGGCAUACUUGGAUCCGAACGUUGUGCCCAAGGACGGGCCGAUCGACUUGGAUAAGUACAAGUAUACCCAGAGGAAGAGUGUCAUGGAGAUACUGAACGGCGACGGGGAGAGCGAUGUGGCGUAUGUCCGGGCGCAAAUCACGUCCGACGACAAGGAGUUGAGAGAUAUCAUAAAAGAAAUGGAGAAAGAAUCCUCGUCAGCGGGCGAAAAGGCAACCACAACGAAAUCCGGCACGACAGGCACCAAAGGAUUCGGCUCUUCAGGUUCGUGCUUGCCGCGAGGUCGUCGUCCGAAACCCAAAGUCCCCAUUCCAGCUCACGCGCAACCUCAACAAGCCAUGCUCAUGGAGGUGGAAGACCGUUGGAGUAUGGGAUACAACAAGGCCUUUGGAGGGGAUAAGCCGUGGUUGACGGAGAAGAAGUCCGACUGGACGAGGAAGUGGGCCAGUGACGGGUGGGAGGUGUGA